UUACAGCGCUGGAUGACGGAAGCUGCACGACGGUCCAAUGGAGCUUCUCCAGUCAAAAUGACGGAACACGGUGAGGCUGAAAAGGCCAAUGUUGCUUCCGAACCCAAUGCGCCGCCAAAGAGCGCUGCCUCGCCCUCCAAGACCAAGCCUGCUGCGACGGCAUCCGAGGCGCCUGCAAAGACGUCCAAGAAGCGUCGAAAGGUCAAUCAUGCUUGCAUCUACUGCAGACGUUCGCACAUGACCUGUGACCUGGAACGACCAUGCACACGCUGUGUCAAGCGGAGCAUUGGCCAUCUAUGUCGUGAUGAGCCUCGAGAGGGCGUCAAGAAGGCCAAAUCCGAGCCCGAGAACGGCGAGGGACAGAGCCAGACUCCGCAGAUUGAGCCAGCCGUGUCUGAAGCAGCGUCAACAGCCGCGCUCCAGCAGCCCGGUGCUCCAGACGCUGCACUCAAUCUGGCGCCGCCUCAACUACCCACUAAUGGCGAUGCGAGCACGACGUCUGGCACGCAGUCUGACGCUGUAGCUGCCCCACAACCGCCUGCCUUGACGUCUGGUACUCAUCCCUUUGGGGGCUACGAUGACUUGCUCGCAUCCUCCCAAAACCAUUAUCAGGACAUUCACCAGUUCCAUCCUUCAUACAUGUUCAACACGUCAGAAGUGGGCAAUGAGUACAAUCUGCUCAACGACUUUCUCAACAACAGCCUCAUGGAUGACGGUGCUUUUUACGGAGGCAAUGAAUUCCACUCUCUCUUCUCUGACGCUUCCCUCAUGAACCCCGUUGGCCCUCUGAACAGCAACCCUGCUUUCAACCCGGGCGCAUCGAGACAGCAGCAGUUACUUCCACCGCCAGCACAGAAUGCUGGCACUAAUGCAGCACAGCGGGCCUCGGGCGGGGUGCCUAUUGACAAAGCAAGAGAAAGAUAUCUGGUAACGGCUGCCGACCCUGCUGGAUCGGAUAGCCCAGAAGAGCGCAUGAACAAACUACUCAAGGCAAAAGUAGAUGCUGGACUCCUCAAGCCCUUCAACUACGUCAAGGGAUACGCACGGCUGAACCAGUACAUGGAACAGAACCUGCAGCAAAUAUCCCGCGUCAGAGUGCUGCGCCAACUAGAUCGCUUCCGUCCAAAGUUCCGAGAACGAAUGCAGAGCCUGACUGACGUGGAUUUGGUGCGUAUCGAGAUGUGGUUCGACAAGAGCUUGAUGGAGUAUGACCGUGUCUUUGCGAGCAUGGCUAUACCUGCUUGUUGUUGGCGGAGAACAGGCGAGAUAUACCGAGGCAACAAGGAAAUGGCACGGCUCAUCCACGUACCAAUGUCCAAGCUACGAGACGGUAAUAUUGCUCUACACGAGAUCAUUGCCGAGCCAUCGCUGGUGUCGUACUGGGAAAAAUUCGGUGCCAUUGCUUUCGACCACACCCAGAAAGCCAUUCUAACAAGCUGCUCGUUGAAGAAUCCUGACCCGAACUCAAAGGAUCCUGAGAUACGGUGCUGUUUUUCUUUUACCGUAAAACGAGAUGCCUGGAAUAUACCGGCGCUAAUCGUGGGCAACUUCCUUCCCAUAACCGAGGCCACUUCUGGUCCGCUACCUGCUUCAUAAUAUUACAUUCGUGCAGUGUUUUUCUGUGUUGAAAACUGUACGAUGUGUUGCUGGACCGAGGGGGAAGGAUAUAAAAAGGUGUGAUUGAAAACAUGGCUCUCUAAGAGCACGAGGAUGAAUGGCUGCCCGCAUCCGUGGAAGUAUAAUCAAAGCUACAAAGAUAUCCACAUUCUUGUUUGUACUUGAAUUUUGGCUGCUUGUAUUCUAUUCUCG